UUCAGUUUACAAACUGACACAGGACAGAAUGGUUCUACAAACGAAAACAUCUGAAAAUGGAUUAUUAUACAGUAAUGAAGAAAAGCCUGUUCAUUCUUAUAGUUUACAUUCAUCUAACAUCAGCAGUCUCCCACUCUCUGAGCUACUUCUACACUGGAGUCACACCAGGAAUACAUUUCCCAGAGUUCACUGCUGUUGGUCUGCUGGAUGGACAGCAGAUUGUGUACUACGACAGUAACAUCAGGAGGUUGAUCCCAAAGACAGACUGGAUGGAGAAGAGUGUGGAUGAAGAUUACUGGAAUAUAGAGACACUGAAACAUCUGGCUAAUCAGGAGGCCUUCGAAGUUAAUCUGGCUACAGCAAUGAUGCGCUUCAAUCAGACUGAAGGAGUUCACACAGUGCAGUGGAUGUAUGGCUGUGAGCUGCAUGAUGUUGGAACCAAGACAGGAUACAUGAAGUACGGUUAUGAUGGAGAAGACUUCAUCAGUCUGGAUCUGAACACUGAAACCUGGACUGCAGCUCAUCCUAAAGCUGUUAUUACCAAACGGAAGUGGGAGAAGACAGAUCAUUAUACUAAGUUCCAAAGGGCCUACCUGGAGAAUGAGUGUAUUGCAUGGUUACAGAAGUUUGUGGGUUACGGCAGAUCCAGUCUGGAGAGGAAAGUCUGUCCUGAGGCGUCUCUGUUCCAGAAGGACUCUUCUUCUCCAGUGGUGUGUCAUGCUACAGGUUUCUUCCCCAAAGCAGUGAUGAUCUCCUGGCAGAAGAAUGGAGAGGAUCUGCAUGAGGACAUGGAGCUCAGAGAGACGCUACCCAACCAGGAUGGAACCUUCCAGAAGAGGAGCGUUCUGACUGUCUCACCUGAGGAGCUGAACAGGAACGAGUACACCUGUGUCAUUCUGCACAGCAGCCUGGAGAAGAAGAUGGUGCUGCAGGUGUCUGAACGCAGAGUCCUGCAAGGUGGAGGUUCAGUUGGUAUCAUCUUAGGUGCAGUUGUUCUCCUGAUUGUCCUCAUUGGUUCUGUUGGAUUGGUCAUUUGGAGGAAGGCUCUUAAAGGGCACAAAGACACAAUGAGUUUUAAACAUGUUUCGAGAAGCCCCAGUUCAGGUUGUGAGUCUGAAGGAAGCUCAUCAACCAUCUCCAUCACCUCAUCUGAAUAAUGAUCAAUUGCAGUUUACAGUACAGAUGAAACACCACUGUUUUAUACAUACAUGGCACCUAUGUGGAAACCAUCUCUCACACUGUGUUUAUAUCAGUCUCUACCAGUGAGCAGGUUUGAACCCUUCCACACUCUGAAUGUAGCACCUCAUUGAGGUGAUGAACCUUCAGCUGUGUUUGUGAGAUUUUUAGGGUUUAUUUAAUUUCAUUUAUUUAUUAGAUAUUUAUUUAUUGAUAAUGCAUUCUUUUUUGCAGAACUAAUAAUAAUAAUAAUUUCAUUAAAUGAAAGUGGCCAUAUGUAAUAUGCAUAUUCUGACUGCUGAUCAAGCUUUUCCCAGAGUUCUCUAAAACAUGUUCUGUCUGUUUCUGUGGGCGUCAUUGUGUAGAAAUGAUUCAGUCAAUAAAUACAGACUCUAUGAAA